AUAUUCAUAAUGUUUAUAUUUAAUUUGAUAAUAUUAUUUCCCAUUCUGAAUUUAGUUCAGUGUGCAAGUAUCAAUAAGUCAGACGAAGGGACGUUAAUUUUUCUGAAUGUGAUUUUUAGACAUGGAGCCAGAACAACUUAUUCGUUUUAUCCUAACGAUCCGUAUAAAAAUGAAACAUUUUAUCCAUACGGGUUGGGUGCUUUAACGAACGAGGGCAAAUUAGGGGAAUAUAAACUUGGGCAAUUUCUUAAAAAUCUUUACGGUGAUUUCCUAGGAGAAGAUUAUACUGAAGAUAAAGUGUACGUGAGAAGUACCGAUGUAACAAGAACACAAACAAGUGCACAACUGGUUGUUGCUGGAUUAUUUCCUCCAACCGAAAAACUUAUGUGGCAUCCCGAACUACAAUGGCAACCAAUUCCUAUUUUGUAUAAACCAGGUCAUAUAGAAGAUAUAUUUCAUAGGAGAUAUAAUUGUCCGUACAAAGAUAGUAUUCUGAAUGAUUUACCAAAUACUCCAACAGCAUAUGAGAAGUUCCUAAAGCCAUAUGCAGAGUUGUAUGAAUAUAUCGAAAAACAUUCAGGCAAGCAAAUGUCGACACCAACGGAUGCAGCAGAACUGUUUUUUAAUCUUAAGUGCGAGGCGGACAUGGGCUAUAAACUACCAGCUUGGACCGAAUCAAUUUUCCCUGAAAAAUUGCAGGUGGCAGCUGGACAAGUAUAUGGAUACUUCAACCAUGUUAAUGACAUAACAAAAAUAAAUUCAGGUUAUCAUAUUAAGAAAAUUCUUGAGGAUUGUGAACAAAAAGCAAUUAACACAAUAUUUCCAAGAGAUAGAAAGCUCAUGCUAUAUUCAGGCCAUGAAUCAACUGUUGGUUUGAUGUUGAAUGCGUUGAAGGUGGGACAGCCAGAAAUACCAAACUAUGGGAGUGCCAUAUUAUUUGAAUUGAGGAAAUUGAAUAAUAAAUAUUUCAUCAAAAUAAGAUACCAUAAGAAUUCUGGAGAACAACAACCAACAGAUUUGAAGAUUCCUAGUUGUGAUGUCAUGUGUCCAUUUCAUGAGUUUAAACGUCUCCAAAAACAUAUACUGCCAAUAAUUACCAUAGAAGAAGCUUGUCGACCAAGUUCUGUUGAUAAUGAUAAACUUUUAUUUUAAGUAUUAUGAAGAUUUGUAUUUAUUUAUUCAUAACAGUAUUAAUUAAAAAAAAAUAAAAACUAAUUUAAUA